AUGCCUGCGCGCCGGCAGCCUGGGCCGACUCCUCCUGCCAAGAAGCUGAAGACCACGAACGCGGCGCUUCCUGCGGACGAGGAGGUAAACCUGGCCUAUUACCACGCCGUGCAAGAAGAUUGCCAUAAGAUCCUGACGCACCUGGGCGAGGAUUUCCCCUGCCAGCCAGCUGUGGCCAUUGCUAAAGCGAAUGAGGAGUCGGAAGGGGGCAUCCAGGAGCCUUACAGUUCUGAUGCUGCAUCGAGGGCGUUGGGCAACCAAGGGGCUUACGUUGCCGCGGUGAACAUGUUCUGGAUGGACUUCUUGAAAAGCCCAACCCCAGGGGUUCCGCUCCGUCGGAAGUCUGUCGAGGAUCUUGCGGACUACAUCUGGCCUCAGGGGGCGUUGCCGUCUUUUUUGCUGAAGCUCUUGGAAGUCCAAGCUCCAGCGAGCACGACGGUUGCAGAGGUGCCGCAAGGGUUGCAAAUGCUCUCACCCGAAGGCUAUGCUCACGCUGCGCUUUGCGCAUGUGCGCGCGACUUGCCCCAGCACAAGGAGCAGUGGGCAAGGAUUUUGAGAUCCGUCCCUUGCGCCUUUGUGGUUGUACCCAGUGGCGGCAGGGACGUGUGGAUUCAUGCCUGGAACAAGAGGAAUGCCAUUACUCAAGACUAUGAAUCCUUAUCCCGCACGGCUCUGCAGCAAGCGAUUGAGAUUGCAACCUUGAAGUCUCGCUUCGAGGCUGACGAGGGGCGCCCUUUGAACAACGGUGACUUCUUUCAGUUGCUGACGGCUCAAGGUUUGAAGAAAGCUUCCAGCCAGGACGACCUUAGCCCGAACCUCAUCGCCAAUGCCAUUCAGGUGUAUGAAAAAAUCCGGGGGCCUGAGAUGCUGGAGCCGCUGGCGGACCUCGAGACGAGGUACGGCUCCAAGUCGUGCUUGAAUGAGAUGUGCAACUUGCACGCUCUGGCCCAGAAGCCGAAGCCCGAGGCGCGCGUCUUCGUUUUGCAAGGCAUCCACGACCUGGUGGUGAGGGGUCUGGUCAACAAUGAGGACAUCACCAAGACAAGUUUGCGCGGGGACAAGAGCAAUGCUGGAUGGAUCGCCCUUUUGGAGCUCAAGCGCAACUGCUUGCAGCAUUGGCUGACCAUCGAGCUUCCCAAAGCCAAGGUUGCCGACAAGGACCGCAUGCUUUUGAAGGAGAAGCUUGCCUCCCACAAGGCGUAUCGCGAAAACCUUUGCGGGGAAGAUGUCUCUUGGCAAGGAGGGUUGGCACGUUCCUCGCUGGAAGCGCUGCAGCUCCUGGAGAAGCUGGUCUUCAACAAGCACUACGACAAUGGCCUGAAAGGCAUGGCCCGCGCCCACAAGAAUGCCGAGGAGGUGACGGAGCACGACUCCAUUCGCGAGGAUUGGUCCAAGGUUGUGUCUAUGCGGGAGAACGAGCUGAUGGAGGAGGCCGUCAAAGACAAGAUGGACCAGGAAGCCCCGGAAGAAGAGCCGACAGUUCUGGCCUCCAUGCGGAAGCCGCCCACGGCUUUUUCCGAGCACUCGCUCGGUUACUGGACUUCCUUGGCCAACACUUCUGUGCGAAGGCACGUGUCCUUCGUGGUGGUACCCGGGACGCAGGGCCAAAUGCAGCGGCUGGUGGCCCAAAGCUCGCUGAAAGACCUGGAGCGGGAGGAAGGGAAGAAGUUGGUCAUGGUUUGGCUGGACACGGACUUGAUGGGCGAGGCCCCGGGCCCCAAAGCUCAGCCUGGGCUGCGCCGCUCUCUCCCGCUGGAAGCCAAUGGGGAACUGCGUAGCAUUGUGCACGGGACAAUGCAAGCCCGGGGCGCGCAGCUGAAGACCGCAGAAGGAGAAACAACAUGCCCUGCCCCAGGCGAAUUGAUCUGCGUCCACGAUGGCGGCCGCAAGAUCAUGCCCGAGGUGCGCAAGCUUUUCCGCGCCAUGACAUCCAAAGGUGACAUCUUGGACUGUAAUGAAAAGCAGGCCUCCAUCGUCUUCAAUGAAGAAACCAUUCGAGUGCGGAAGCAGCGCAUCAAGAGCUCUGAGGCCUACACGUGCCAAACCUCAAUGAGCAUGUUCACCCGGAGCAUACUGGUUCCGACCAUGAUCCCAGAGAAGCGCCGCGCGCACUACCAGGGCUACAACACAGGCGAUGUCAUUGGCUGGGUGGACGCCGUGCCUGCCAAUGCUUUGUGGGAAGCGCCUCGGCCUGUGAAGGAAAAAGUCCUGGGCAAGAAGACGCUGACACUGACCGCCGCCGAGGAAGGCAGCAGCUUUGCUAAAAAACGUAUUUUGCUUCACUUCCAGCGCCUGAGCAAGGAUCAGAAGCAGCUGCGGGCAGCAGAGGGCCGCCUCGAAACGGUCUUCAGCGGCACGCGCUUGCCGCAGCAGUUCCACAGUGAGCUGCUGGCGUCGCUGUGCUGCCAAGGCGUUGUAGAUCUCACACCAGGGCAAGGGUUCCUGGAGCAGGCGUGCUUGGAUGCGCGCGUGCCAGUUCUGGCGGUGUGCCUGAGCGAAGCGCACGCGGAGGCGCUGGAAGAGCGCCUGACGAAGUAUUGCUUGUCCAAGUUUGUGGAGCAAGGACACACCCUUUACCGAGAGGGGGCCAACAAGUUCUUGAAGCCAGACGGCUCCAUAAAAGAGGACAAAGGCGACGAUGAGCCCGAGGAGGUGCCAAAACCUAAGCCAAAGGCAAAGCCAAAGGCAUCCAAGAAGAAGAAGCGAGUUGAUGACGACAACUCUGGCGACGAUGAGGAGCCUGAAGAUGACACUGAGGCAGGCGACACUAAGAAGCCCCCGCCGAAGAAAAAGAAGAGCAAGAAGGAAGACGCUGAGGCAUCCUCUGGCUCGGAAGAGCUUUGGUGA